GUUCACAAUACGAUCUUAAUUACAAACUUUCAUAAAAUGGUUAAGACCCUGUCGUAUGUCUUAAAAUGAAAUAAUAUAUAAAGGAUGAAACAUGUGAGAAGUGUACAUGAAUAUUUUGUUAACAUGCAUAUUGCAUGCAUGGAUCAAAUUUGGUGAUUUAAUUAGGAUGCAAGAUCAAGACAAAUAUAUGAAAUGAAGAGGGGACCAAAAAGGUUGGCUUCCAUUUAUAUAAAAGAAAAUUCUGUUCCAAGAUGGCAUGCUAUAUGUUUUCCAACCCAUCACUAAUUUCCACCUACAAUAUAUAAACAUCCCACCUACCAAAUACCCCCUUUUGAAUUCUUCACACUGGUAAAUUCCUAUAUACCCUUUAAGCCGAAAAUCUCUUUGUUUGAAUCCGUUAAAUAGUACUUAACAAGAAAUAUAAACAUAUGUCUUAUACCACUCACAUAAAAAGUAACGUACCUUUUUUAAUUUGUAAAAUAGAAAAUCAUAUUUUCGUCCCCACAUUUUCAUAAAUAAUGUCUUUUAAAAAAAAACUCAAGCUCCUCCCUUCAUAUUCCCACUAUUUUAGUUGAUUAAUUGUAAUCCAACACAGCCGGCAAUCCAACAAAACCGCAAUCUCUUACUUUCAUCUCACCCAUUAUAUACCCUCCCUCCCAAUAUUUGCCUCCAUCCAUCUCCUCCUCUCCUUCCCCUCCAACCCAACCACAAAACAAGCUAGCUAGCUAGAUAGGUAGCUUAUCAAAACCAGUGACUAAUCCCCUCCUUCUCGUCGAGAUAUCAAAGACCAAUCUUCUCAGUGUCGAUCAUCGAGGUUCUUCAGACAUUCACGUAUUAUCGUAAACGACGUCUACGCGUGGGUGUUUCCUCGACACACUUGACGUCCGUCAUCAACAUUCGAGAUUGUCGCGAGACUAUCACAACAUCUCCCUUUCACUCAAAAAACACCCCCCAACUUCAACAUCUAGAGUCGGGGGAUUCAACCAUCGAAUCCCCUUCAACACGGUUUUUUUUUCCUUCAUUCACGCGUCAUAACUGAUCACCACCAACCAAAUCGAACCAAAUCGCGAGGCCCAUGUCGUCUGAAACGAAGACGACUACGUCGUUUUCCAAGUGCUUGAGAUCAGUCGUUGCGAUCUUGUUCCUCCUCGUCUUGGUUCAGCUAGCAACGUUGGCGCCUGAUCAUGUGGAGGGCUCGAGAGGGUUGAGGAUGGAGAACAGGGUGAGCUACUUGUUGCUGGAGAGCCGGCUGCCGCGGGGGUUGGUGCCUCCUUCUGGUCCGUCGCCAUGCCACAACAAGCUCGGACCUUACCAGCUUCAUCGCCAAGAGAGGAGUAGUACUGUUCAUACCGACGACUACAUCAUAUGCCCAUAAUAAUUAAUUAAGCUAAUUAUCAAUUAGAUGGGAGAUAUAUAUGAUUAUUAUGAGUUUUUCCUCUCCUUUUUCCUUACUUUUUGGCCGGUUCGAAGUCUGAUUAAUUGAGCUUAGACAUUCGUUUUGUACAGUUUGUAAUGAUUAAACUUGUAGGAGAAACAGUCAAGAGGCAAAUGUAAUGGAGAGGAAGAGCAGUUUUUCUUGACAUCAAAUUUGAAUUUACACUUAAUUUUUUUUUGGGUCGGGUCGGGCUGGUUUUGUAUACCCGGCAAACUUGGUGGCAGCGUGGGCGGGCCUAGACUUGGUUUAUGGGGCUUUUCUAAUGUUCUCUCCAGUUAUAUCUUGGGAAAAAAAAACGAAUACUAAAAAGUAGAAACACAUUACACAUUAGAUAAAAUAAUAAAGGAAAACUAUUACC